GCCGUUGUCUUCGGCGCAUGCGUGUGUUUACUCGCCGUCGCCUGUGUGCGGCGUUGACGUGCACGUGACAGCGGUGCGCAUGCGCAGUGAGAGUCAGUUCGGUUAGUGACAGCGGACAGAGGUAAAGGCGAAAGCCAUGGAUAAUGGUGAGGAUGCAGCUCAAAGGCCUUCGACUCUAAACCUAUCCUGUCUAGAGAAAGACGAACCCUCAGUCCACGUAGAUACAGCCGCAGCCACUAUGAGCAGCCACCCCAGCACUACAGAUGCUCUCUUUCAAGAGGAAAGCAUUGACCUGGAUGUAGAAGCGUUCAUUUCCCCUCAGGAUGACAGUGCCGCGUCUGGGAGUGUCACAGAUAAGCUGAACGAUCAGAUGAUGGAGAGCGUCAUGAUCUCAGAUUCCCCCAACAGCGAAGAGGAAGAUGUCCCUAUUGACUCUCUGCUGGAGCAAACAGAUGACAAGGUGUCCCUUGACUCCAAAGAGCUUGAAGAAGACAAAGAGAAUGAAGCUAUAGAGGAGAAGGACGAGGAGCCUGGACCUGAACAGGUCAUACCCGAUGAUACUGAAACGUCUCAGGCUUUAGCUGAAAAGGAGAAGACAGAGGACAGUGAUAAGGACAGCACAAAGCAGGCUGUUACAUGCAUAUCGCCUGCUCCGGGCAGCCCCAAAGCUGAGGAAACAGAGCUUGAAGUAGCCAAGCAGGUGAUUAAGGACGAGCCCAUUCCAGUGUGCACUAUUUUCAGUCAAGGCAUGCAGAACAAAGCACAGUCCCUGGUGCCUGAUGGAUUUCAGCCAACUUUGGUGAAAUCCCCAAGCUUUACAACUGGCCAUAAUGAAACUCCCAAUAAACUAGCGCCUCUGGUGUCUCAGCCCAGUCCCAGCCUCAGUAAAUUCUUCACUGAUAACGGCAACGUUAACCCAGCCUCAGACUUCUUCGACUCCUUCACAACAUCCUCAUCAUUCAUCUCGGUUAGCAAUCCAAAUGCAGAGACGCCCAAGUCCCCAGCCCAUCCUGAGCGUCAGCUUUCCUCAGGCUCAAGCAGCCUUCUUCAAGACGGAGGCACAACCAGUACUUUCUUCACUCCGCACGAGAGUACACCGAGGCCCAUGCCUGGCCCUGCAGAGCCUGUAGUGAACAUUAACAAGCUUCAAGUGGUAUUCUCAGGCAGCGAUGAUCCAUUUGCGAGUGCUCUGAGUAUGAGUGAGGUGGACAGGCGAUAUGACGCCUGGCUUCCCUCUGAGGACACCAGGAGAGUGCUGAUCUCUGUGGCCACACAGCAGGUCAAUCCUGUGCAUGUAGACAGGGAGAGGCUAUCCAUGCCUGGGCUCAAGUUUGACAAUUUGCAGGGUGACGCAGUGAAGGACCUGAUGCUGCGUUUCCUUGGAGACCAGGCAGCGACGAAGAGGCAAGUUCUCACCGCUAACUCAGUGGAGCAGAACUUCUUGGGUCUCAAGCAGCUGAUCGGCACAAAAAACUGGAGGGCAGCUGUGGAUCUGACUGGCAGACUGCUGACGGCUCACGGCCAAGGCUACGGCAAGAGCGGCCAACCGAGUACCCAUACCACUGACACGCUGCAGUUAUGGUUUGUGCGUCUGGCUCUGUUGGUGAAGCUCAGCCUUUUCCAAAAUGCCGAGCUGGAGUUUGAGCCGUUUGGUAAUCUGGACCAGCCGGACCUGUACUAUGAGUACUACCCUACGGUGUACCCUGGAAGACGAGGUUCGAUGGUGCCAUUCUCCAUGCGUGUGCUGCAUGCUGAACUGCCUCAGUACUUAAACAAGCCCCAGGAGUCGCUGGACCGCCUGCAUAGCAUGAGAAGCAUCUGUCAGAAAAUCCUGGCUAACCUGGAGGAAGGACUGGCUGAGGACGGGAGCAUGAUGACUCUCACACAGGAAAACAGACAAGCCUCUAUUCAGCUGUGGAGGUCACGUCUGUGCCGGGUGAUGUACUCCAUGGCAAACUGUCUGCUAAUGAUGAAGGACUAUGUGCUGGCUGUUGAGACGUAUCUCUCCAUCAUCCAGUAUGAGCCACAGCAGAGAGUGCAGCUGUUGAGUGGAAUAGGACGCAUCUUCCUACAGAUUGGAGACAUCAAAACUGCAGAGAAGUAUUUCCAGGAAGUAGAGAAAGCCGGUCCGGAAAAGGGAAAAGGACCAACUCAUGACACCGCUAUAUUAAUGAACAGGGCAUUUGUGUACCUGAGCCAGAAUAAUUAUGCAGACGCCCACACGUGUUUCUCCGGCGUCUUGAAAAUUGAUCCCAACAAUCCUGUGGCGAACAACAACGCAGCAGUGUGCUUACUUUAUUUGGGCCGCCUGAAGGAGUCCCUGGGUCAGCUGGAGAGUCUGGUGCAGCAGGACCCUGCACUCUACUUGCAUGAAAGUGUGCUCUUCAACCUGACCACCAUGUACGAGCUGGAAUCAUCACGGAGCACGCAGAAGAAACAGGCUCUGCUGGAGGCUGUGGCCGCGCGAGAGGGCGACAGCUUCAACACGCAGUGCCUCAAACUGGUGUAACCCAUAACCAUCCAAGAGUGCAUUAGAUCACUGUGUCACUGCUACGUGAUGUGACAUGAGCUCGUUUAACAAGCUUGGGCUUAACAUGCCACAGGUCUAUUAUCCAUGCAGAUUUUUUUUUUUUUUUUUAAGAAGACUUUGAGAUAUUAUGUGUGACCAAAUUCACAGCUGACCUGAAAUGACCUGUGUAUUCACACUAAGGCAGGUGAUGCAUUUGAAACUCUUAAAGCAAUGUUUCGGUGCUAUCAGGUUGCAAGAGAAUGUAAAUAGAGAGAGAGUAUAAAUUCAGUGGGGGAAAGAAAAGACUGAUGUAAAUAUUUAGCAUAUUUAAAGGAGAGGUAUACAGCAUUACAAACAUUUUCUAAAAACAAAUCAAUUAAAAUUACAAAACACACACACACACACACAUUCAGGGGUGCACAACUCCAAAACUACAGGUUUUAUUUUUACUCAUAGAAUACAGAUAUGUUCAGCAACCAGAAAAAAAAGCUACUUGAUUCCUAUCCCACCACCUGACACACUUCUAUACAUCGCCAGAAGAAUAUGAUCUGAUUGAGUAAUAUCCUCAUAAUAUAGAAAUAUUGAAAUGAAACCCUGCAAAAAGAAUUCAUCAAGCUGUUACACUCCUGCUAUGACAACGAUCAGUCAUUUUUCAAGCUUUAAACAUAUUGGGAGAAAUGAAAGACACUAGCUAAACACCAACAAUAUCUUUUAUGAACACCACAGCUCAACAACUGGUGAGGGUAUUUUUUUGCCCCAUUUUCUCCCCAAUUCUCUUAGCCAAUUCCCACCCACUCCAGUUAUAUGACUGCUACCAACCAAGGAGGGUGAAAGCUUACACAUUCUUUCUCUGAGACACAUGAAACCAGCCAUCUGCCUCUUCUCAAACAACUGCACAUGCUGCGGUACAGGGCAGCGUAGCACUCUUCCAUUUUCCCACACACAUAAGCUCACAGAUGCCUGUGAUUGACAGGAGAGAGAUCUCAUGGCUCUUGGCCAUUGAUCUCAUCAUUGUGAUUCAAAAGAGGAUAAGAGAGCUAUUUUUUCCCUGGGAAUAUACUCAAUUCACCAAGUUAUUAGUGUAGCUUAGCUGCCGCAUUUAGACUAGUCAGUUAGGAUUCCGGGCAACUAAAACACAGGACAUGGACAGUACAAACUUCACUGUAUUUAUUGAGUUCAUCGAUGAUGUUUGCACUGUAAUACUUCUGAGAAACUUCCAGAUAAGCCUUUUAUUAGAUCGCAACCAGUCUGCUAACACACAAUAUAUAAAGAAUUUGUGUGUACCGCGUGUCUCUCGACUGCACCGUACUGUACUUUUCUUACACGGAUCUAAAUAAAGCCCAGCUGAUUUUGAA